AUGGGUUUUUCACCUUAUUCUGCAUCUAGGGAGCUUUUAGCAGCCUUCCUGGCAUGGCUUGAGGCCUCAAGUAGAGUAGCAGAAAUAUUGAUUUGCUUGGCAGCAGUGGCAAGAAAGUAUAAGUUGUAG